AUGGAUCAUCCAGCAAACGAGAUCGAGGAACUGGGAGAUCCAGCAGAUCAAAAAGACACAAUCAUAUCCGUUGCAGGGCCGGUCGGAGCGGAACAGUUUAUGCGUUAUGGACUGACUUCACCCCCAAGAAACUCCCGUGAAGCCGGCCCUGUUGAUGCCGAAGCAGGAUCGCACAGUAAGGCAGUAACUUACUGCUUGGCCCGCGUUAGGAGCCAACUAGGGGAAAGGGAAAGGGAAAGAAGCUUCCCAGCCAGGACCUCGUCUCGCACCAUCUUUAGGAUCCCUCCAACUCUUCGCGGGAUCAAUCCUAAGGCCGAAAAACCUGAGAUUGUAUCUAUAGGCCCGUACCACAGGGGCCGGGAGGAUUUGCUCGAGUUCGAAGAGCACAAGUGGUUCUUCCUCAAGAGGUUCCUUCACCGCACGUCCUUGAAGAUGGAAAGUCUUGUCAUAUCCGUGGCACGCCUAGAGAGUUCUGCCCGGCGCUGCUACUCGGAGCCUGUGCUCAUGUCGAGUGGUGACUUCCUGGAGAUGAUGCUACUGGAUGGUUGCUUUGUGCUGGAACUCCUAUUCCACUUUUUCAGGAGCGGUAAUGCGAUUGACGAAGACGACCCCAUCUUUACACAACCUUGGGAUAAUCCCGAUUCUCAUCAGGGAUUUGCUGAAGCUCGAGAACCAGGUUCCGUACUUGCUUCUCGAGACGGUGUUUUCCUCCUCAGGCUUAUUAACGGUCAUCGGGCUGGAAAAAGAAACUUUGGGCACGCUCUUUCUGAAAAUGUUCGAUCUGUUUACCCAAUACCCGCGGAGUUUCUCAAAUGUUACGGAUAUGCCCAGUGCCAUCAUUUACUUGACCUGUUUUACAUGACUCUCUUUCCGAUUAACGGGAUCCACAGCAACUACCCACAGAAGUACCGACCGUCCGAUCAAUCCGUACCAUGUGUGACCCAGCUUAGGCUUUCCGGAAUCAAAUUCAAGUCCAGGAAGACGCAAAACUUCCUGAACAUAAGCUUCGAGAAACGGGUGCUCGAGAUACCAUCCAUCACCAUCAACGACUUCACGACCACCGUGCUGAUAAACUGCAUCGCCCUGGAACAAUGCCAGGAAACAGCCACCAGUACAUCACUGAUUACAUCUCCUUCAUGA